UUUGAGGCGAAGGACCAAUGGGAUGUUUCAACAAAGUAUGAUUUUAAGAGAUUAACCUCCGAGAUGUUCGCCUCUUUAGCCGCUUCUGCUGCCUUGAUUAUACCUGGGGCAACCGUGGGAUUAUCCCACCAGUCGGUCAUGAGGCCAUGAUCAACCUGCGGGGAAGCAGAGAAACUAUGAGCCCAGCGGAUAUUGUGAAGCUUAGGGGGUUUAUAUUGACCUGGAGACCUCUAGUCCCAAAGCCGACAGGUGACGGGUGGGAUGGGCAUAUAUACCCCGGGUCUUGGCUGCUUGGCUGCCGUUGUUUGGUAUCCCAUACACGGCCGGAAUAGGGCAAAACUUAUCUAUAACCAACCAAGCUUGCUUAUCCUAGCACGAGUCGUGUGUCUCGCUGGGAACGCUGAACCGCGAAGAGAGACAUCGAGAUGGUCACUUUCACCUCCCUCCUGGGCGCGACGGCGCUCCUCGCCGGCGGUGGUCUGGCGGCCCAGCUCACCCGCGUCGACUACCCCAACAAUGCUACCUCCAAAGCACAGAUGUAUGUCUACGUGCCCGACCGCGUGGUGACGAACCCGCCGCUGGUGGUGGUGCUGCACUCGUGCCAGUCGUCGGCGCAGUCGUACUUCCAGAACUCCAAGAUCCCCUGGCGGCAGGGGUCGGACCGCAAGGGGUACAUCACGGUCUGGCCGUCGUCGCCCAACAGCGGGACCUGCUGGGACGUGUCGUCGCGGCGGUCGCUCAGCCACAACGGCGGCGGCGACAGCCAGGCCAUCGCCAACAUGAUCCUGUACGCCCUCGACAGGUACAAGGCCGAUAGGUCCCGCGUCUACGUCACGGGCGGCAGCUCCGGCGGCAUGAUGAGCAACGUCCUCGCCGCGACGUACCCGGAGCUGAUAUCGGCCGUCAGUCUGUACAGCGGCGUGCCGGCGGGCUGCUUUCUAAGCAGCUCUGGCCAGGUGGCGGCUUGGAAUAAUACCUGCAGUGGCGGGCAGAGUCGGGCGAGUGCUGAGCAGUGGGGCAAUGUGGUGCGCAACAUGUACCCUGGAUACACCGGGCCGCGGCCAAAGAUGCAGAUCUGGCACGGCAGCACCGAUGGCACCCUCGCACCGGCAAACUACCAGGAGACGAUCAAGCAGUGGACGAACGUGUUUGGCGUUAGCCAAACGCCAACCAGCAGCUUGAAGAACUAUCCGGAGCGCAACUACCAGACGGACAACUAUGGCGAGUUUGUGCAGGGGAUUUAUGCGACUGGCGUCGGACACAGCGUGCCGGCGAACUUGACGGCCAGCGAGCAGUGGUUCGGGUUGUAAGGAUGGCGAGAGCAAGCUUGCUUGGUGGUCCGGCGAGGCUUGAAG